UUUUAUACAAUGUUUAUGCUAUAAUUUAUCUCUGUCCUUGUAUAGGUGAAUGGCAACAGUUAAACCAUGUUUGUACGAUCUGUUGUGAAUACAGUAAUGCGAGCCAUACGAGUAAAAGAGUUUGGAAGCCCAGAGGUUUUAAGACUUGAAACAAAUGUUCCCUUGCCAAAACCUUCAAAUGAUCAGGUUCUGAUCAAAGUCCAUGCAGCUGGAAUUAACCCGGUAGACACAUACAUAAGAUCAGGAACAUAUGCUGCAAAGCCAACCCUGCCGUACACCCCCGGAAAAGAUAUAGCAGGGGUUGUGGAGGAAGUGGGAUCCAAUGUGAGACACCUAAAGAAGGGAGACCGAGUAUAUACUAUGUCAGCGACCUCAGGUGGAUAUGCUGAAUAUAGUACUGCGGCUUCUUCUGAUACCAAACUUCUCCAUAGUAACCUGACGUACGAGCAGGGCGCUGGUAUUGGGGUUCCGUACUACACAGCAUACAGGGCACUAAUGAUCGUAGGAGGGGCUAAACCCGGAGAAACGGUCUUGAUACAUGGAGCCAGUGGUGCUGUUGGCUUGGCUUGCGUGCAGAUUGCACAUUCUAGGGGUCUACGGGUUUUAGGAACAGCUGGGAGUCAGGCUGGCCUCGACUUGAUAACAAAGAACGGAUGUGACGCUGUUUUCUGCCACAGAGACGAAGGAUAUGCAACAAAAAUCUUAGAAGCUACGAAUAAUACUGGCCCAAAUAUCAUCAUUGAGAUGUUGGCAAAUGUUAAUCUGGAAAGGGAUCUAACAAUGAUUGCAAAGAAAGGACGAAUUGUGGUGGUAGGUAACAGGGGAUCUGUGGAGAUCACUCCGCGGUUGGCUAUGCAGAAAGAAUGUAUUGUUACGGGAAUGCUUUUGUUUAACGCCUCACAGGGUGAAAUGGACGAGAUUGAUGCUGCAGUAGCUGCAGGAAUGAGGGAUGGAUGGAUAAAACCACACAUAGGAAAAGUUUAUACAUUAGAGCAGGCACCAAAUGCUCACGAAGACGUCAUCAACAACAAGGGUGCUCAGGGACGGCUGAUAUUCAGAGUUUCUUCAGAGUGACUUGUGCAACCACUGUAACUCAUCUUUAUUAUUAUCCAAGAGUGUUUUAUUAUAAAUUGAUUUUAUUGAAAUAAAAGCAUGUAAUAUUU